CGCUCUCUCCCUGUCUGAGUGUGUGCGUUUUUUCUAUAUAUAUAGGGACUACUAUAGCGUCUCUUCUUCUCCAGCUUUAAUGGCGUGAGGCCACCGUACCUGUAUGUAUCUACGCUACAUGUAACCGUAUACAAUCCUCCAUCUUUGCAUGCCUCACCAACUCCUUCACAGAAAAAUACCCAAAAUCCAAAUGAGAUGAUUUCAAAAUGAAAUGCAAUUGAAAUUCAUCGCCAAAACCACCUUUAUUUCAGUGCUGAUUGCGACCCAGAUGAUAGAAACUGGUAAUCGCUUCUGGGUAUUUGUUGUUUUCCCCUCCCUGGAUCGCUAUCUGAUGUGGGUUGUAUGAUUUUUUCUUGAAUCUGUGCGUUUUGUUUUGGUUGGUGUGGUUUUUCUUUGCUUUUUUGCUGUUCUGUUUUAUUUGUUUGUUGUUGUUUGAUGUUUGAGGGAGUUGGGAUUGAGAGGAAAGUGGGGGAGAAGAUGAAGGACGAUGAGGAGCUUGAAAGGUUGCUGGGUGAGAUCCCUCAUGCAACAUCAAACAAUCAUCAUCAUCUGCAUCGAGAAGAUGACACUGGUGGUAAUCAUCAUCAUGGUGUUCAUGGACUCAGUGGUGGGCAUGGUCAUGGGUCAUUUGUUUCUUCACAGCCAAUUCAUGGCGUGUAUGGUUGUGUGUAUGAUGAUGACCCAUCGAGUAAUUACAAGUAUACAUGUGCCUCUCCUGUGAGUGGGUUCUCUCUGCAAUCAGAUGGCUCUUCUUCUAGCUUGUUCUCUUGUGGGCGUUCGCUUUCUGAUAAUGGGUCACCUACCCCGCCUCCAUUGGAAGACCUUAAAUCCCACAUACCUUGUGGGAGUUCCCUUUACCCAAGUGGGUUAUGGUUGGAUUCAAAAUCUCCUGGUUCUCCCAUUGGAAAGAAUGCUAAUGACAACUUGACUGAUGGACUGAGUUUGUCAAGAAAUCUGAGUAGAAUGUAUAUUAGUAAUGAACAAGAGGAUUCCUCCAAUUGCAGAGAUAAUGCAUUUUGGUUGGGUGAUCCAGCCAGGGCCGGGACUCGGGCUAAUCAAAUAAAUGUUGAGAAAUACAGGUCUAGUCACAAUUUUAGGAAAGGUUAUUCUGAUUAUCUGGGUCAUCAAUUCUCUGUUCCAACAAGUCCCAUGAGUUUUGGUGGUGAGAUCAGUUCAGCAUUGCCGGGACUGCAGCAGGAAUAUGGGCCGGGUAACUUAUUUGGGUCAGGAUUGUCCUCUUGUCGAUCAGAUUUGUUAUCUCGAUUGAAUUAUUACAAUAGUUCAAUGAGUUCUCUAUGGCAGAAACCAAUGGAGCAAACAGGCAACUAUAACCAAAGGGGAAUUCCAGUGUCUAAUGUAAGCCCUUCCAUAAAUAGGCUUUCCAUGACUGAUGCUGUGUUCUAUGCCCAGCAGAAGAGGAUGAAUUUGAAUGAAGAAAGGGGUGUAUUGAAUUUGCCCAAUUUUCCAGAGUUGAAUCACCCAAGACCUUUUUUGAACAUGGAAAAUUUACUGCAGUAUAGCCUGCCAAUAUCCAGUGGGAGGGGUAGAGCACCUUCAAACAUUAAAAUCUCUCAAGGUGGCCUUGAGGAUUUUACCAGUGAGGAUAGUUUCAUUAUUCAGGGAGAAGGUCUGAAUUAUGUGAUCAACAAAGGAUUUGAUGGUUCAAGGGGCAAUUUUAAGGGUUCCUCAGCUGAGACUGGUGUUGGUAAGUCUGAAGAAAAGAUGACACAACUAGAUGGGCGAUCCCAAUUCUCUGGAAUUUGUGAAAAUGGUCGGAAUUCAAGGUUAUAUUGCCCUUUCUCUCUGCCUCCCAAGUAUAACUCAUUGGUAGAAGCUCAGGGGCACAUAUACAUGAUAGCAAAGGAUCAGCAUGGUUGCCGAUUUUUACAGAGAAUGUUUGAUGAAGGCACCCCUCAAGAUGUGCAAAUAAUAUUUAACGAGAUUAUUGAUCAUGUAGUUGAACUUAUGAUGAACCCAUUUGGAAAUUACCUUAUGCAAAAGUUACUUGAUGUGUGUAGUGAAGAACAGCGAAUGCAGAUUCUUGUCAUGCUAACUGAAGAAUCAGGGGAGCUUGUCAGAAUCUCUUUAAACACUCAUGGCACUCGUGUAGUACAAAAGUUGAUUGAGACCCUCAAAACAAGGCAGCAGAUUUCACGAGUUAUUUCAGCCCUUGAACCAGGAUUUCUUGCUCUAAUCAAGGACCUGAAUGGAAAUCAUGUGAUUCAGCGUUGCUUGCAGUGCCUUAGCAAAGAAGAUAAUAAGUUUAUUUUUGUUGCUGCUGCAAAGUAUUGUGUUGAAAUUGCAACUCAUCAACAUGGAUGUUGCGUUCUGCAACGUUGCAUCAGUCAUUCGACAGGAGAGUAUCGAGAAAAUUUGGUUGCAGAAAUCUCCUCCAAUGGAUUUCUACUUGCUCAAGAUGCAUUUGGAAAUUAUGUUGUCCAGUUUAUCUUGGAGUUAAAAAUCCCAUCUGCCACCUCAAACUUGAUUGCUCAGUUUGAAGGGAACUACGUGCACCUUUCAACACAAAGGUUCAGCAGCCAUGUGGUUGAAAAAUGCCUCACUGUGUGCACUGAGGAGAACCAAUCGCGCAUUGUCCAUGAGUUGCUCUCCACAUCUCAUUUUGAGCAGUUGCUUCAACAUCCUCAUGCAAAUUAUGUCAUUCAAAAAGCUCUUCAAGUUUAUGAGGGCCCUCUUCACAAUGCUUUCAUUGAAGCUAUCGAGUCCCAUAAAGCUAUCAUGCGCAACAGCCCGUAUUCCAAGAAGAUUUUCUCACACAAGCUUUUAAGGAAGUGAUGUACAUUCUCCCCUCCAUAAGUACUGUUGUUGGUGUCAUGCUGUUACUGGUAUGUUCUCUACUAUGGCUGCCAUAGUUGCUACCUCUCCGCGGACAAUCAGAUUUUAACUGUAAGGGUCUGAAGCCGAUAAGAGAAGAACUUUUUUAACUUCUGGGCAUUCCAUGCACAGAACACACGCUCAGCAGAGUGUAAAAAUAUAAAAGAAAUUUUGGUUGCAGUUGCUUAAAUCUUGGGCAGAUGUGAAUGUACUAUUCUGUUGUCUUGCUGAUCUACAUCUUGGAUUUAUUAUCGUUGUCAUCUUUUAACUCAGAAUUUUCACUGUAUGAGAUUGUACAGUGUAUAGAACAAUUAGGGUUUUGGUUCCUUUGCUCUGUACAAAUGCAAUGUGGAUGCUGCUCUGCAAAUAAUUUUCCCUUCUAAUUUUGUAUGCAUGUGGAAGGGAUGAUUCUGAAUGC